AGGUAUUUUACAUUUUUAAAAAAGUCAAGGAACUCGCGUGGUUGGGCCCAUCGGGCUGCCUCUUUCUUUAAAACCCCCAUUCCGUUUAUGAAGUAAAAUUGCAAAAUUGCAGACGAUCAAAAACUAAAAAGGGGGCUAAGCGAAAUAAAUCAGAUGAACAACAGACGUGAACAAACUCCAGAUCGAAGAAUUGCAAAGAUCGAGCGUGAUCGCCAAUACCGACGAAAGCAAAGGAGGGAGUUCGACAGACGAGGGAUUGAGGAGGCUCGCUUGAAGGCGCUGGAGGCCGAAUUGCUGUCCUCAUUGGCGGAGCAGAGACGUGAAAAUGAGACCUUAGCAGGGGAGAAUCGAAGACUGGAAGGUAGGAUAUCAAUUCUCGAGGACACCAUAGUUCAGCUACGUCAAGAUUGUCAGAGACUUCAAAAAAUUAUGGAUCAAGCUGACUCAUUGUUUGAAUAUGAUAACUUUCCAAGUCCAAAUGAAGACGUUGCAAAUAAUGAGACUGUUAUCACUCAUGGUCCGGGGAGUUCUCAAAGUACCAUAUAGUAUGCUGAUAAGCGCAGAGUAUUUUGAGGGCAAGUAUCUGAGCACUGGUCUAUUGCAUUAGCAUCCUUCCAGCUAGAAGAUUGGAUCCACUUCUUUCUUUCGGUACAUUGCAUAGCUACGUUAUGAACUUUGAUAGUAUUAUGAUACCGAUGAAAGGAAUUUUAUCCUCACCCAACAUGUUAAUCUUUUUAUCUUGCAUUUUGUUAACAGUUGCAUUACCUUUUGUAGAAAUUUCAAGCUUUGUGUAUCUAGCAUUUGUUAAGAGUUUCAUUUCCUUUUGUAGAAAGACCAAUCAUUCCGUAACUAGCAUUUGUUAAAAAUUGCAUUCCUUUUUAACAAAGGCCGCAGCUGCAGGUCUUAAAGAGACAACAGACACUAAAGCUUGUAAAAGUUAGGGCUGUUUGAUAGUGGCAUAUUUUGACGUCACCACGA